UGCUCAUAAAUUACCGUGGGACUGAGGGGAGAGAGUGUCAGGCUGUUUCCUGCUUUAGUGUUUGUCGCCAUUUUGUGGCUUAAACCAUCAACUCAAGUCCAAUUCUGCUUGCGAGGGGAGACGGCGAUGUGGAGUUUGGUUCUGAUGGAGUUUUGAGGGUGGUCCUGGCUGUGACAGCAAGGAUUAGCUUCCCAAGAGCCUGACUUCCUCUUCUGUGUGUGUGGCUGCCUGCCCAGUCUCUCUCGUUCUGCACCCCCCUCUCUCCACUGAGGGGGCUGCCAGGUGAUGAGUUAUCUACCACUUACCGGUCCCACCAGCCCACCUUACACCCAGGGACCAGCUAUUAACAUCUGCCCGCCCGCCUGUGUGACGGGGACAUCAUUUACAAUCCAGCUGGGUUUAACCAGAGAGUCUGUCUUACUUCCAUCCAGCGGCGACAACAGCCUGGCCAGGGUCAAGGAGCUCGCCUGCUCUAUCGUGGACCAGAAGUUCCCAGAAUGCGGUUUCUACGGGAUGUACGACAAGAUUCUCUUGUUCCGGCACAACAUCGAGUGCAACAACAUCCUGGAGCUGGUGAGGGCGGAGAGCGACAUCCAGGAGGGCGACCUGAUCGAGGUGGUCUUGUCCGGGGCGGCGACCUUCGAGGAUUUCCGGAUACGACCUCACGCUCUCAACGUCCACUCCUACCGCGUGCCGACAUUCUGCGACCAUUGUGGAGAGAUGUUGUUCGGGCUGGUGAGACAGGGUCUCAAGUGUGAUGGGUGCGGGCUGAACUACCACAAGAGAUGUGCCUUUAGCAUUCCCAACAACUGCAGCGGUGCCCGCAAGAGAAGGCUCUCCAACACCUCGCUCUCUGGAUCCUUCAACUCAAGAUUGUCAGUCACUGAUUACCUGACAACAUCGAGCGAUGGACAUUCGAGGAACCUGACGGAGAUGUUGUCCGCUAGACGGGCGACACUGGGCACGCACGUGGGUCGACCCAUCGAACUGGACAAGAUGUUCCUGAGCAAGGUCAAAGUGCCGCACACGUUUGCCGUUCACUCCUACACUCGCCCCACCGUGUGUCAGUACUGCAAGAAGCUGCUCAAGGGGCUGUUCCGUCAAGGCCUGCAGUGCAAGGAUUGUAAAUUCAACUGUCACAAGCGAUGUGUGGAGAAAGUCCCCAACGACUGCUUGGGCGAAUGCAGCAGCAACAAUGGAGAUCUGCUGAACCCGGGCCUUGAUGCUGAUAUCAACAUGGAGGAUGCAAGUGACUACGGAGACAUGGACAAGACCCUCACUCCAGAAGAUUCCGACGAGGCCCCCAUGUCCUGCAGCAUCUCCGAGAACGGGUUCCCGGGAGAGGACGGCCCCACCAGAGUGCCCAGUGACCCCAUGGCCUCCAACAUUCCACUGAUGCGAGUGGUGCAGUCGGUGAAGCAGACCAAGCGCAGGUCCAGUCUGACGGUCAAGGAGGGCUGGCUCGUCCACUACAGUAACCGAGACGCUCUGAGGAAAAGACAUUACUGGAGGCUGGACUGCAAGUGUAUCACCCUCUUCCACAAUGACACCGGCAACAAAUACUACAAGGAGAUCCCUCUGUCGGAGGUGCUGGCCGUGGAACCAGCGGACGAGGGGGUGUCUAUGGCAACUGGGGGCAACCCGCCCUGCUUCGAGAUACGCACAGGCAACGUGGUCUACUUUGUGGGGGAGAGGUUGCCCUCGUCGCCACUGCCCAGUCCCAUCGGCACGGCCAGCAGCGUGGACGAUACCAAGGCCUGGGAAAUCGCCGUACGUCAGGCCCUGAAACCGGUCAUCUUCCAAGACACUGCCAACACCCAGGGUCUAACACCCCGCAGGCAAGCUUCAAUCAACUUCUCCGUGGUCAACAGCCAGAUUCAGGAGGACGUGGACAUUGCCACGGUCUACCAGAUCUUUGCAGAUGAUGUUCUGGGAUCAGGACAGUUUGGAAUAGUUUAUGGAGGCAAGCACCGAGCCACCAGCCGAGAUGUGGCCAUCAAGGUGAUCGACAAGUUGAGGUUCCCGACCAAACAGGAGAGUCAACUACGCAAUGAGGUGGCCAUACUCCAGGGGCUGCGGCACUCAGGGGUGGUGAACCUGGAGUGUAUGUUCGAGACACCGGAGAAGGUGUUUGUGGUGAUGGAGAAGUUGCACGGUGACAUGUUGGAGAUGAUCCUGUCCAGCGAGAAGGGACGGCUGCCUGAACGCAUCACCAAGUUCAUGAUCACCCAGAUCCUGGUCGCUCUCCGCCACCUCCACUUCAAGAACGUCGUGCACUGUGACCUGAAGCCGGAGAACGUACUCCUGGCGUCUGCUGAACCUUUCCCUCAGGUGAAGCUGUGUGAUUUUGGUUUUGCACGCAUCAUUGGUGAGAAGUCGUUCCGUCGGUCAGUAGUGGGCACGCCAGCGUACCUGGCCCCGGAGGUUCUGCUGAACAAGGGCUACAACCGUUCGCUGGACAUGUGGUCAGUCGGGGUGAUCAUGUACGUCAGCCUGAGCGGCACCUUCCCCUUCAACGAGGACGAGGACAUCAACGACCAGAUCCAGAACGCAGCCUUCAUGUAUCCCCCCAACCCCUGGCGACACAUCUCAUCUGAAGGCAUUGACCUCAUCAACAACCUGCUACAGGUGAAAAUGAGGAAACGCUACAGUGUGGACAAGUCCCUCAGUCACCCCUUCCUGCAGGACCACCAGACAUGGCUGGACCUUCGUGAGUUGGAAUGCAAGAUGGGCGAGAGAUACCUGACCCAUGAGAGUGACGACCCCUCGUUGGGAAAAGUUCACCCAGAGCCCGCCCCCCAGAGUGCCCGGCCCAGAAGGUCAACAGACUGCCGGCUGCGCCCAGCUGGAGAGGGGACGAUGUCCAGGGACUCAGCCACAGGGUCAGCAUCCUCUGAACAUCCUCUUUCCCCCCCCCCCCCUCCCCCCCUCACCCACCCCAACCCCCACACACAUCUGGGAAAUGUGAUCUCAAACGCCCCCACCACUCCCUCUUCUCCCCACCCCCCCCCCCCCCCCCUUCACUCCUGGGAAUCCCAGCUACAGAUCGAGGGAAAGGACUGA